AUGGGUCGUCCGCCGAGCACCACCGGUGCUCCGGCGUUCCGCUUCCUCCCGUCCGAGGUGGCGGAGAUGGAGGCGCGCCUGCAGCAGCUCAACAACGGCAUCCCCACCCGCGGCGUGCUCCAGACCCUCGCCGAUAGGUUCUCCGCCUCGCCCGAGCGCGCCGGCAAGGUGACCAUCCAGCCCAAGCAGGUGUGGAACUGGUUUCAGAACAGGCGUUACUCGCACCGGGCCAAGUCCACCAGGGCCGCGCCGUCGCCGCCGGCUAAGAUGACGCCCUCGGGGGCCGAUCACCACCAGCACGCCGCCAACGCCUCCGCCUUCAGGGCCGCUCAGCCCUCUUCUGUCGCUGCUGCUCACCAUGGCUCCUCCCCAACAGGGAAGAACCCUGUGGAAGGUGUCUCGGUUGAGUUUGAGGCCAAGUCAGCUCGUGAUGGUGCAUGGUAUGAUGUUGCUGCCUUUCUGUCACAAAGGUUGUUUGAAACCGUGAACCAGGAGGAUGAAUGGAUCAACGUUAGCAAAUGUGUGCGACAACGUUCUCUUCCAUGCGAGGCCACAGAAUGUGUUGCUGUGCUUCCUGGGGACCUCAUUCUUUGUUUUCAGGAAGGUAAAGAGCAGGCUCUCUAUUUUGAUGCUCGUGUCCUUGAUGCUCAAAGGAGAAGGCAUGAUGUUAGAGGCUGCCGUUGUAGAUUUCUUGUUCGCUACGAUCAUGAUUCUUCUGAGGAAAUUGUUCCGCUGAGGAAGGUGUGCCGCCGACCAGAAACCGACUACAGGCUUCAGAUUCUGCAUGCUGCUAGAGCAGCAGCCACGAAUGCAGAUGUUCACACUCCACCCAAAGAAAUUAAAGUGGAGUCGACAUCCAAUGAUAAAAGCCCAGCUGAGCAGAAACCCCAGAAGCAGCACAAGAUGAUGGACGUGAACACUGAUGAGGUGACCAUGGUCUCCACCUUGGAACAAGACGAGACACAAGUCAAGACUGUAGCCCCCUUACCGUCAUCAACCGUGGAAACCCGCAAUUCAAGUUCAGAUGCGGUGAUGAAGGAUGCGGAGGCUUCCUCGGUGGUUGAAGAUGACGAUGAAGUGCAGCUGGUUGACAUGAUGAAAGAGGGCUAG